AACUGUUAAUGUAUGAGCUAGCUAACUGUACUAUAACAGUUACAGUCUACAGGCCAGAAUGUGUGUUCAGUUUCCCCUGGACCAAGUCGGUUAGAACGAGAACGUCCAAGGCUGGUGUCAGGGCUAGUGGACAUAUGUUAUUCCCACAUCCCCUUGUUGACUGAUGGAUGUGAUAAAUACAAUGAUUCAGAGUUGAACUGAAUGCUGUGUGGUAUUCCAAGAAUAAUAAAGGGAAAGUCAAUACUUGUCUUGACUGCAGUGUUAACAGCUCUGAGAACUUACAAUGCCAAUGGGCCAGUCAAAAGUUGUCACUUGACAAGUUGGUAUAAAGUCCUUGCUCCUCCAUUCGCUCAAACUCACCAAUAUUGUUCAGUUAUUCCCACCAUGACGGCUAAGUCAGUGGUCAAGACUGUCCUUAGUGUGGAACAAGAUGAGGGAGUUGGUGCACGUGUCCGCAGGAGCGUUGGACGUCCAGAGUUGCAGAACCUUGAUCCAUUUCUGAUGUUAGAUGAGUUUAAAGGCCAGCAACCUGGUGGAUUCCCAGAUCAUCCCCAUAGGGGAUUUGAAACGGUAACGUAUAUCCUGAAGGGUGCUGUCAGACACGAGGACUUCUGUGGCCAUGCCGGUACUAUCAAUGAAGGAGACCUACAGUGGAUGACCGCUGGUAGAGGUAUUGUCCACUGUGAGAUGCCUUGGGGAGAUGGAGUGACCCAUGGCCUCCAGUUGUGGGUCAAUCUGUCUGCUGAAAAUAAAAUGAUCAAGCCAGCCUACCAAGAACUACUGGACAAGGACAUCCCUCAGACCACCAAGGAUGGAGUUACUGUCAAGGUCAUUGCUGGGGAGUCUUUUGGCAUAAAGUCCCCAGUAUACACACGUACCCCAACCAUGUACCUGGAUUUCAAAAUGGAUCCUGGCUCAACAUUAGCCCAGCCAAUACCAAAUGGAUUCACCUCCUUUCUGUACGUCUUAAAUGGGAAAGGACAUUUUGGCGGCAGAGGACAUCAGCAGGAGGUUGGGGCCCAUCAUACCGUAGUGCUGAGUAAGGAGGGGGAUCUAUUAGAAGUACAAAAUAAGGGUAGAGAGAUGCUCCGCUUUGUAUUGGUCGGAGGCAAGCCGUUAGGCCAGCCUAUAGUCCAACAUGGUCCCUUUGUGAUGAAUACAGCCCAAGAGAUACAACAAGCUAUGGUAGACUUUCACCAGGGUACAAAUGGAUUUGAGGGGGUCAGAACAUGGCAGUCAGAAUAUGUAAAGAAAAAACGAGGAAAGCGAUAAACGCUGGGUACAACAGGUCCUUUUGUCAUGAAUACUGAAGAGGAAAUCAAUCAAACAAUUAAGGAUUAUCGACAGCAGCAGAACGGGUUUGAAAAUGCUUUGACAUGGAAUUCUUUUGUCGUCACAGAAGAUCCAAUUGGAGUCUGACUUAACACAAGGGAGAUCACUCCCACGAUAACAGAAAAAAUGUGAUCUGCUGUAGAACUGAUUUGGAAAAGUUUUACACAUAAUAUGUUUCAUUGAUAACUGACAAAAGAAAUAUUUUUGAGAUUUUUUUUCUAGGUUUGAUCUUUUAUUUACAUAGUUAUUUACACAUACAUGUAUAUCAGUAACCUGUUUCAUGAAGUGUUUUUUCCUUCAUGUUUUUGUUUGAUUUUAAUGGCUGUGCUUCAUUUUGAAUAUUCAUUGAACUCUUAACCUAAGUAAUAGAAACAACUCUACAAUUUAAUUGGACUUUAUCUCUCUGCACAUAACUCACCUGGUUAGAUAUCUAUGUUGUCGUAAUUAUCAUCAUGUUCAAGAAGUAUGUUGUAGAUUCUUGCUGGACAAUACCUAUUUCCUAUUAGUACAAAUUUUAUUGCAACUGUUUGGAAAAAAAAAAAAAAAAAAAUCAACAAAAAAAAAAAGAGA